UCGCGUCACUUCGGGCCCGGCCGGUCAGCCACUACUGCGCAUGCGUGAGGACCCCCCGCGUUUGGGGGGCGGUGGGGCCGCGGUUUCCUUGGAGACCGAGAGGAAGCGGCGGGAAGCCGAACUGCGGUUGGCCGCGGCAGCAUGGAGAGACCGGGGGCGGGGCCGGAGGAGGAAGGUGGCCGCGACCAGGAAGAGGACUAGGAUGAGGAUCCCGUCAUGGAGCCGGCGGACGCGGGGGCGGCUGGCGGCUCGCAGGGUGCGCCCGGGCCUGGAGAACCCGGCCUUCUCCCUGGUGUGACUGCGGAGGUUGGGGCGGGGCGCGCAGCUCCUGAUCAAGCGGUGCCAACACGAAACAUUUCACCCAGAGUCAUAGUGCAUGUGGAUCUAGAUUGCUUUUACGCACAAGUAGAAAUGAUCUCAAAUCCGGAAUUAAAGAACAAACCUUUAGGUGUUCAGCAGAAAUCUUUUGUGAUUACUUGCAAUUAUGAAGCCAGAAAACUUGGAAUUAAGAAAUGUAUGAAAGUGAGAGAUGCAAAAGAAAAGUGUCCACAGUUGAUACUAGUGAACGGAGAAGACUUGACUCGUUAUAGAGAGAUGUCCUAUAAGGUUACAGAACUGUUGGGAGAGUUUACUCCACUUGUUGAAAGACUCGGAUUUGAUGAAAAUUUUGUGGAUCUAACAGAAAUGGUUGAGAAACGACUCCAGCAGCUACAAAGCGAUGAACUCCCUGCAGUGACGGUGUCAGGCCAUGUUUAUAGUAAUAAGUGUAUUGGCUAUAAAACUGCCAAAUGUCUCGAAGCACUGGGAAUCCAUAGUGUACAUGAUCUCCAAACUUUUUCAUCCAAAAUACUAGAAAAGCAAUUAGGAAUUUCAGUUGCUCAGCAUAUACAGAAACUCAGUUUUGGAGAGGAUAAUUCUUCUGUGAUACCCUCAGGACCACCUCAGUCCUUUAGUGAAGAAGACUCAUUCAAAAAGUGUUCAUCAGAAGUCGAAGCUAAAAAGAAGAUUGAAGAACUACUUGCUAUCCUUUUGAAUAGAGUAUGCCAAGAUGGAAGGAAGCCCCAUACAGUAAGAUUAGCAAUCCGUCGGUCUUCAUCCAAGUACUAUAGUCGUGAGAGUCGGCAGUGCCCUAUUCCAGCCCAUGUAAUUCAAAAGUUGGGGACAGGAAGUUGUGAUGUGAUGACCCCAUUGGUUAAUAUACUAAUGAAACUGUUUCGGAAUAUGAUAAAUGUGAAGAUGCCAUUUCAUCUUACCCUUCUAAGUGUGUGCUUCUGCAACCUUAAAGCACUCAAUAUUGCUAAGAAAGGACUUAUGGAUUAUUAUUUAACACCAUCGUUAUCAGCAACAUCACACUCUGGCAAGCACAGUUUUAAAAUGAAAGAUGCUUACAUGGAAGACUUUUCCAAAGACAAAGAAGCAAACUGUGAUUUUCUAACAAUGGGGAGAAUUGCAAGUAUGAGGACAGAAGUAUCUUCACCAGAUAGUACAAAUUUUUCAAGAGAGGAAGACGUUAAUGGAUCCCCACACUACUCCCUUCCUGAGGAUGUUGAUGAAGAAGUCUUUAAGCAGCUUCCAGCAGAUAUUCAAGAAGAAAUCCUUUCUGAGAAAUCCAAAGAAAAAUUUCAAGCGAAUGAAAAGUUGAGUUGUCCACUGCGUACUUCCAGAGGAGUAUUAUCUUUCUUCUCUACAAAACAAAUUCAGAAUACUCCCUUAAAUCCUAGAGAUAAUUUGUCCAAUUGCAAGCAGGUAUCCGCUGUGUCUCCCUGCGAGGCAGGAACAUCAGGCUUAAAUAGCAGUAGUUCUUGCCUGUCUAGCCCAAAAGAGUAUUCAUAUUGUAUCGAUAAUGGACUAAGAAUGAGUCAGGGACCUAAAGAAUCUCAAGGGUUCCAUUUUCCUAGUACAAACCCCGUUUUCCAUUCAUUUCCUAAUGUGCCGAGUGAGCAACUUUUCUCCAAAAACCACACUACAGAUAGCCAUGAACAAACACCAACAGGCUCUCAUCAAGGACUCAUAGAAAGUAGAGAGCAGGGUUCUGCUGAGGAGAAAAUUAGUUUCCCACCUGAUGUAGAUCCUCAGGUUUUCUAUGAACUACCGGAAGAGGUGCAAAAAGAACUGCUGGCUGAGUGGAAAAGAGCUGGAUGAGAUCUCCACAUUGUACAUAAAUAAGCAUGUUCAGAAAAAGGUCUAAAAAGCCAGGGAAGUAUCGUUGGUCUCAGAUUAGCAGUUUGUUAAGCUCUUCUGAAUUAAACACUAAUAUUCAAUAAUACAGAAAUCCAAUGUAAAAUGUUCCAGAUAAAACAAGAAUGGUUACAAGAAGUAAAUUUCAGCACAAAGCAUAAAUAUAUAACAGAAGCAAUAAUGUAAAA